AUGGGGGUUUUCUUCCUAAACUUUUUGCGGGCGCUGAAAGGCCCGACUAAAAAUCUCGUCUUGAGAACUACUUUAUUCCUGGUGUAUUUACUAUUUGGCGCGGCAGUUUUCCAAACGAUUGAGUCGGGCGCUGAACACCGCGAAAUUCAUCAUUUUGACAAAGUACAGCAGCGGAUGAAAGAAAAAUACAACAUAUCGGACGAAGAGAUGCAUAUUUUUUUCACAGAAAUUUCGAAGGCCAUCGACGACGGAUACUUCGAUGUGGCUUACGACCGAUGGAGUUUUGCUGGUUCGCUUUUUUUCACUGGGACAGUUGUGACUACCAUUGGUGAGUACCACUAUUAUGUUGUUACUCAGGGUAUUUUUUUAAUACUCGUUGAAGCACCGCGCUUUUAAAUUUAGUUAUCUCGUUGAAUUUCGACCCUUUAAGAUAUCUCCAUGUUGUCUCAUUUAUCGGAAAACCACCGCAGUGUAGUGCGCGGUUUUCUGAUAAAUUUCUUGAGAACUUUGCGCGAUUUGACUUUCAUUCAGUACUAAUGUCUUCUUCGGAUAUCGAUUGCAUAUAUUUUGCACUUGGUGGGAAGCAAAAACACAAUCCGUGCGACCGUUGCAUUUUAAUUUCUAGAAAUAUAAGUUUUUGUGAAACAUCGACUAAGAUUCCUUCGUUGCUAGCGAUUAACUGAGCGUCCUUUCGUUCAGUACUUAAAUUCAAGUUUCUAAAGCACAGUUUCUAACGUGAUUUGGCGCUGUCAAACUGUAGCGCUCAUUAAAACGCAAAAUCGCUCGCCAAAUCGAAUCUCUGGUUUGCCUUUUGGUUGAUAUAAACUUAUUAAUUUUCAAACAUUUUACCCCCAAAAAAAUCGCUGGUCUUUAGAAUUAGAAUUUAACGAUCCUGUCAAAGUCCUGCCUCCUUUUGUUGCGGAUUAAAAAAAGCGCUCGAUCUGCAUUGAAUAUGAAUAUUCAAACUCCUGUUUCCGAUUUGAAUCGGACGCUUUGAGAUUGUUUUGUUGUCAGAGGUAGUUCUUUCCAUGAAUUCAUUAGUUAAAACACAGAAAUAGCGCGCUAUCACUGCGACGAAAAAUAGAAAAUCGCUGAGUUUUGUAAUUUUUCAAACGAAAACAUGCCAUCGGCCGCUCGUUCGAGAAUUAAUUUCGCCGAGAAGCACAGUGUUCAUAGCUCAAGCUGUGUGGAGUCUGUAUUAUGCAAAACAGCGAUCAAAAGAUUAUGAACUUACAGCAAAGACGACGACAAAAUAACAAUAGUAGCUUACCGGUUCAUUUAUUUCUAUCGCCCCGUGAAAAAAUCCAAUUUCACUAAGGCGAAAAAAUCAAGAUUUUCAACUUUCGGCAUAUCAGUGGAAUAGUGGUUUGGCCUCAAUUAGAAAGGAUAUCAUUAAAUGCCUAUUUUCCUUCGGGUAAAUAAAAGAUUGGGCUUUGCCUAUACAAAAUGCGAAUCUGACAUUUUGAUCGAAAUAAAAAUUAGCGGCAAAUGAAUAUUUUAUCCUAACCAGGAAAAUACUCCGGUAGAAGUGAUCGAAUUUACUUUGAUAGUAAAAUCCCAGAAACUGCGCAAAAAAUGAACUGAUUGAUCCCUCGGGGUUUCAAAUCCUCCAAGAUUUGCGUAGGCUUCCGACACAAAAUUGUAUAUUUGUUUAGAAGCAGCUGUGGCACUAGAAAAGAGGGUCUUUUUUUCAUGACAGAGGUGAUUAAGAAGCUAAAACUCAGUAUAAUCAAACACUAUACCAAAGGAAAUCUAGCACAGGUCCCAAUUCAAUUUACGAGGCCAGAAGUUUUGAUUUGGCGAGAUAUUAAUGAGGAAAUCUUAAUUUUUUUCCCUGAAAGAUGUGGGAUCCCUGAAUGUCAGAAUGUACUACCUUCACUUGACUACCAAGCUACGGAUAUUCUGUUAAAUGUACAAGAUUUAUUUUCCAUUUCGAGUUUUUUUGUUUACAAAUUUAUCAUACAUUGAAGAAAAAGGACAUCUUUUCCUUGGAAAGAAGAAAUUGGUAUUGAAAUCAUGAGAAACAUAGUUUUCACCGGCAGUAGAGGAAAGGAAAUAUACCGAGACUGCAAAAGUGCAUUUGAGGACCAAUUUGUUACAAGAGUAUAUUCCAUUACUUCCGAUCAAACAAAAAUCUGGAUAUUUCUUUAUCAAUUUCAUGUGUUUUUGUUGUUCCUACAGUGAAUCACGCCCGGUUUUUGUCUUGCUAACACGCGCAAUUUUUUUUAUGAUCGACAAACUUCGGCUUGAUGAAAUGCUGGUGACCUCUGUUUUGGCGGGUUUUGAGAGGGACAUGUUUACCAUAAACAAAAAUGGAAAUAGCGAAAAAUUGCUUUCAAUAAUAUGGUCACCACCUGCCUCAAGGAACUUAAAUGUAUUUUAACGCGUUUUCUGUUUUUAGCGUAUUUCUCGAAGAAAAUGAACAAAAAAUUGCACGAAUCCUACAUAGUUUGAGAAGCAUUCGGUCCUUUGGAAAUAUGGUCAAGAGUUGUAUACAGCUUUUGAAGCGAAAUUUGCAAUUUCACGAACGAGUGAUUUUUCCGCUUUUGGACGUAUUUGGAACAAAAUUUCUGUAACAAAAAGACAGCUCUAUGUUGCAUUCAAAUCUAUGGUGUAGAAAACAUUCAUCUUUUGUUGAAUAGUGAGAGUGAAGUUUAUCUGUGAAGGCUGGCGUUUUUGAAGCAAAACUCGACAUUGUUUGAAGCGAGUUCAGAUUCAGUUGUCGGUUUCGUUCGCUCAAAGAAAGAAAAAUUAACGAGUCCGAAAUGUUUCUUUAAGCGGCGUAAAAACAGUUGCAUUAACACCUUUUUUGUCACUUGUAUUAGUAGGAAUGGAAAUGAGCUUUCUCGCUGAUCCAUGCGGCGUGAUAAAGAUAUUUUCUCUCUGUGAAUGGAAACUUCAUAUCUUCUGAAUUAAAUCGUGAAGAGAAAAAAAAACUUUAGAAAAAAAGCAACUUUAUUUCAUAAGGCCGUUUUAUUCUGUUAAUCAGGGAUUUCAGCUUUUUAACUGUAUGAAGAAAUAAUAAACUGGAAUUCUUUGAAGCGUUAUCAUCGCACGUUUAAAAGUAGAAGUAAAAGAGGGUGUAAUCUUCUUCUUUUAGUAUUUAGAGAUUCAGCGAACCUUUCUUUGGAGCAACACUCUUGCGUACAAAUUUCUUUCGUUCAAAGAAUAUUUUUAUUUUCAUUUUUGUUCUAGAAUUACUGUUUUCUUGAACAAUAUCUGCGAGGUGUAGAAUUGUAUUUUCCGGCAUAUUCUGUAAUUUCAUUUGUUUAUAUAAUUUUACGACUCUUCAAAAAAUGAACGAAAAGUUUUCUGAAGAAAACAAUAAUUCUCGUCCGGCAGCAGGGAAAUUCUGGAAAAAAAGUUAUUUUAGAGCCAAUUUAAAUCACCGAUCUCACACGCGGCCAAAUUGUAAACUCGACCUCAUUAAAGAAGAUUUCUUGUUUGUUGUUUUAUUUUUCAGCUCAGAAUAAAAUCUUUGAAAGAAGAGGAAAAUGGUGUUAAAUUUCAAAUUUCGCAUUCAACGGCCAUCUUGUGGUUUUAAUUGAAAUUUGAUUACCGUGCAUGUUUCCCUCUCUCUCUGGUUUAACAAAUAAGUUUCCAAUUUUCUUAUCCUGUGCUCCAUGCGUCGACUUUGUCGAAAUCGGAAAUUCUCUACAUGCGGAUUUUCUCAAUUUUCGCCUUAAAGUCGCAAUUUUAACAAAACCUUAUUUCAUCUUGAUAAAAUUGAGUGAAAGCUUUGCCAGUUCGUUCACUUGCGUGUUUCUGCUUACGUAAAGAACAAAUCUGAAGGUCUGUUUUAUUAUUUUAGAACGUGGUUUUCGUUAAUUAAUCACACCUGAUAAACUCAAACCCACAAUUGAUUUUAAUUUAGGUUAAGGAAUCGAGUGCGUUUCGUUUUGACAGAAAAAAAUAUAACUUCUAUCAACAAAAAAUUAACUCAGGUUACAACUGCGCUGAGAUUGCCAUAGCGCCCUUCACGUCCUACAUUGUAAUGUAAAAAUUACCUCAGCUAAGUAAAUGCUGUUCUUAAGUGUUAGCACGCCUUUGAACAAAUACGAGUGUCUUCAUAUGAAAGAAUUCUAGAGACUUAAUUGAAAGUAAUUUGGAAUUCUCCUUAACGAAUGAAACAUUUAUGGUUUUCAUUGUACCUCGUGGAUGAAUCAUUGUUUGCUGGGUUUUGUGUGAUAAAGUUCUCAUAAAUUUAUUGUUAAUUUACUGAUAUUUGAAAAUCUCGCCCACGGAAUACUCUUUUUGUACAUCAUUGCUUAAUAUACCCAGGACACCAAAUUGACAAAAAAAUAUAUUUUAGCACGAAAAGUUUGACGCAAUAAAACUUUGUCGUAUUCAAAAUUCUUUGUGGGGGACACUGAAGAAUUAUGAAUUAAGCGGUCCAUUUCAAAGGACAAAAUCACGGUAAAUCGCUGUUCGUCUCAAGAUAUCUGUUUUAAAAAAAUCUGAAAUUCAUAAAUGAGAGAAUCUGAAGAAAGUGAAUUGCAUAUUUUUGAAGGUGCAAUAUGAUAGAAUUUUAAAAUUUUCUUGCAGGGAAAUUGAAUACUUCCUUUACCUCUGAAUCGCUUUUAUCCUUGGUAUCCUUCUUUAAGAGGAAAAUUGAAGAAAUUAAGAAAAAAGGCAGUUAAAGUUUUAGCCAGCAUUUCCAAAAAUACAAAUGAAUAACGUAUUUAAGACGUAAACUGAAUUUAUCAUGACUCACAGGCUACUCUGAGUAAAACCGUUUUUUUUUUCUCAGUCAGCGUGGGUGACAUUUUAUGCAGACCUCGCAACGCCUGUGGCGCUGAAUUUUCUAUCGCUUGCUAGAAGAAAUUUAAUCAUAACGAGAGCUCAAAUGCCGUUCCAACGAUUCUCCUUUCGGGAUUUCAUAAACUCCUUUUUUUCACCAUAGUAUUUAGUUAUCUGAAGCAAAAGUAAGCUAAUGGCAAUCAUAAUAAGGCAACCAUGCCAAAAGUUAACUGAUCACGAAAGCUCUAUAUCCAUGAAGCAGAUCGAUUGAAAUUUGAAUAAACUUUUUCUAAAAAAAGGAAAAUAAUGUCUAGGCGAUUGGUCUCCCAACGAGAAAUAAACAAACAUAGUGAUUUGAAUUUUUGUGGCUAUCUAACAGCAGGGACGAGUAGACAUAUUCUCAGACAAAGUUUAAAAUUAAUUGGAGAAUGACGAUAAGACAGAAUGUCGGAAAUAUGCGUCUACAGUGCAAUUAACCAGUAAGAAUCUGAUACGAUCAAAACUUUGCGUAGGACGCCUCUGACUUUUGUCUUUUCUCUUUCAGUUUAAAAUGAAAUAAAAAAUUGGAGAAGAUUAAAGAAGUGUCAAUUGUUGAGAUUUUGAACGGUUUGCUGAAAAAAUAUGAAAAGUUCAGAAGCGAAAUCUAUCAUCAUAUUACCAUCUUUCCUAUCCUAUUUACGAAAUAUAUCAUUUUGCGACGAUUUUAUGGAUCUGAAUCGCUCAAUUGUCGAAGCAAAGAAGAUAAAAUUAGACAACUGAAUAUUACGCGCGGUUGCAACUGCUGAGGACGUGGCGAAUUCUGUUUUUUCAGUUUUCAGGUCUAAUGAUAGUUUUUGUACUUCGCUCACAUUUCUUAGAACAACCGUGAAAGCGAGCGAGGAAGUGAAUAAAUAAAUUAAUAAGUGAGUGAGCGAGUGAGAGAGUUGUUGCGUGCGUGAGGGAAUGAGUAAGCAAGAAAUUGAUUGAGCGAGAAAGUUAGUAAGAGAGUUGUGGAGUGAGUGAGUUAGUUAGCAAGUCAUUGAAUAGGUGAGGUUUUUUUACAGACUACCAUGUUUUUUAAGCGAGAAGGCGGAUAAGGAAACGGAAUGGAACACUAAACGGUACAACGAAUCACAAAGUGAUGUUCAACCUUUCGUUAAUGUUUCCUAUUUAAUUCAUUAAUGUGAAAGCCACAAGUUUAGCUGGCACGUAAAUCAAACGAAGGGCUCUUUGAAAGCAAAAAUUUCUUUUUUUUUUAAUCUAAAUAUUAUCGCUGGUUACCAGUGAUGUGUUUCCCCUUAAUUAAAUUUUUUUUUUCAUAAUACCACGGAAGGCGAAUUUAUCUCUAGUAUAUGUUUCGAAACGCAGAGAACUUUAUCUAGAAAUAUUACCUUUCAUUAACCAAAACAUAACCUGAUUAAGAAUUACUGAGGGGAAGGGGGAUUGAUUUCUUUUGAAUUUUCCCCAUGAAGUCACCGAUGAACCCACACAGUUUUUUUUGGUAAAACGGUGGACCGUUUUUCUCUGUCAAGUUAAUGGCUCUCUCUUCUCGCUUUUUGAUUAUAUCCAUUAUUUGCCAAACGAAAAUAUCAAUAGAUAAAGGAAUUAUUCAUUCAAUAUGUCUAUAAAUCGUAUUCGAAUAUACAUUUAGUCAAAUAUUCAAAUUAUUUGUAAUGUGGGCUCUGUAAUGGCAAAAAAGCCAUUAACUGGGAAAGUAAAAUGAACGAAUAGUAACGAUAUCGACUGGCGGCUCGGAUUGCACGUCAUCAACAUUUCAUAACACUUCCGUAUUUCUUUUUGCACGAAAACUUGGUCCUGAUGCAACCGACUUGCAGUUGAUGAUAACUGAAAAAGUUUUAUUUCACGCUUGGUUGUAAGAAGUUCUGUAGUAUCCAAAGUACUUGCAUGUUCUCAUUAAAGGAUUGUGAAUUCCAGACGUUAAUGUCAUUCGCUAACGAAUGUCAUUCAUUAUUUACGGCUGUAAAUAAACAGUCAUCAACUCUUGGAAAUGAAGGUCGAUAUGGGACUGUGAAGCACUAAUGUGCAGUUAGCAAAGUGACAGUUGGUGUGGGAGUAAUUUUCAAUUCAGUGUCAAAAAUAAUCAGAGAUUGCAUUAGUUUCGCUUUACUUCUCUUUGUGAUUGGUCCAGAAAACUCGCACCACUCUCUAAGCCAAUCAAAUGCAAAACUAAAGCCAAUGACAACUUGAUCGCCCACGUUUUUCCGCGUUUUAGGAAGUUGGCUUGAUUUUACUUUGAGUUCUCAUUAGCUCUAAAAAGUAGUUUCCUCUCUUCUGUCUCGCCGUUAUGAUUACUUUGGGUUUUUUUUUACGACACAAUCAAAAAGAGUUAUCGCGCCCUGUUAUCAAACGCCCUAUUAUCAGACGUAAAACUGAAGGAGGAAGAACAUUUACUGUGACUGCCUGUCAAGCCUGGAUCAGCUUACCGCUAUCUAUGCGGAAAAUAGCGUCGCUUAAUUCUUUUAGGAACUCUCUUUGGAAAAAAAAAUUUGAAGAACAGCAGCUUUUAAAUUAUUUUAUUCCGUGAUUUAGUUAUACUUUUGUACUUUUAAUUGAUUUUAUCUCUCAUCUCUUGUAUUUUUAUUCGUUAUAUUAUCUCAUAGUUAUGCCAUAGUUUUUAACAUCCGUGUUGUACAUAAUUUUAGAGGGCCACUGGUUUUUUAGUAUUUCUAUACUGUUUUAGUGCUACCCUCUUUAAAUAAAGUCUUUACUUACUUACUUAAUUACUAGAGUGAAAAGUACAUCAUAAGGCUUUGUCUACACCAAAUUGCAUGAAUUUCAAAACGGCGUCUUCGCUCUGAAAACGAAAUCUAGGUUUCAUGUCUAUGAAAAAAUCGAAAUAUAAAUUUUUGCCGCUCAUACUCACGCUGUAACUUACGUCACUCACAUGGACCUGACAGUGUCUCUGAGCAUGCGCACGACCAGGAGAUAAUCAUACUGCCAAAAAUUCAAAGUGAAGUUACAUCAUUGUUUUCGAAGGGUUUCAUUUUCAGCUGACAGGUAAUAAGAAGAUGCUUCUUUUUUCAGAAUUUUCUGGAGUGGACUUAAGGCUCUGCAUUGUUUUAUUUUGUUACUAAACAGUGACCACGACAAAUGCUUUGCUAUGCUGUGCUGAGAGGAUGCAAAAAAAAAACCUGGAUUAUUCGAUUGAAUUCUGUCGAAAGUUUCGGAAGGCUUCGAAGCACUACACGUCGAAAUUGCAAAGGAAUCCGCCGAACAUAGGAACACUACAAUUCGAAACUAAAUAUUUACAGAGCUGAAAACGUUUAUCCGUUUUUUUUAGGUUACGGCAAGAUGGCUCCGAACACGGUCUGGGGACGAAUCUUCUGUAUAUUUUACGCCAUAUUUGGUAUUCCAAUCACGGGCUUAAUGCUGAAAUCGAUCGGCGAACGGAUAACAGAGGCAACGGCGAAUUUUUGGAAACUAAUUGACACAAAGAUCUUCAACAGGGAACCUCGAAAAAUCUACCUCAAAACUGUAGCGUGUAUAUUCCUGAUGGUAACAGGAAUGAUCUUACUUCUGGCAGGUAUAGGAAAAAGCUACGAAGGAUGGACAUUUUUCGAAGGAGUUUAUUUCGCUUUCAUCACACUAAGCACGAUCGGUUUUGGAGAUUAUGUGCCCCAGCAUCCAGCCAAUAGCGAGAAAGAUCACCCUGGUUACGUCAUUGCCUUCACAGUACUCACAUUCGUUUACUUUACAUUUGGUCUCGCGGUCGUCUCCAGUGCCUUGCUGGCUAUCAGUCGUUUAUUCGAGGACGAGCCACCCUGGGGCUUUAUCUCUUUGAUGGGAGGGGACGAUGGCGAAGAUGACGAACAAGACAAUCUACUAGCUGAGAAAAAGAAAGCUCAAAUCAAGGACAAGAUGGCGGGAAGUGGCGCUCCUUGA